AUGACUGCCACCGAAUCCAGCGUUUCCCCACCGACUGGCAAAUUGGGAGGAUACGAGUUUUACAAAAAGGUGCUCAAAAGCCCGAAAUAUGUAGUUGCUCCGAUGGUUGACCAGAGUGAACUGGCAUGGAGGAUAUUGUCCAGGAGAUACGAUUCGCAACUAGCUUAUACACCCAUGAUAAACUCCAAGAUGUUUGCUGGGAACCAUCGACGAGGAUACCAAGAGCUCAAUUUUAAUAUCGCCAAUGGUGAAGAGGGCGGAGAGCGGGACCGACCUCUUAUCGUACAGUUUUGUGGAAAUGAUCCUGAAAAGUUGCUCGAUUCGGCAUUGGUCGUUCAGGACCACUGCGAUGCGGUCGAUAUCAACUUUGGAUGCCCACAAGACAUUGCGAAAAAGGGCCACUAUGGAUCGUUCCUCCAGGACGACUGGGACUUGGUUUACAAACUCAUCAACAUUCUCCAUACGAACCUCAAGGUUCCUGUAACCGCCAAGUUCAGGAUAUUCCCAGACGUCAACAAAACCGUCGAGUAUGCCAAGAUGAUGGAGAGGGCUGGAGCGCAAAUUGUCACCUGUCAUGGCAGGACUCGAGAGCAGAGGGGGGUUAAUACCGGUUUGGCUGAUUGGACACAAAUCGCCGCCGUUAAGAAAGCGCUCAAAAUUCCCGUGUUUGCGAAUGGAAAUAUACUCUAUCCCGAGGACGUGAAAGCAUGCUUGGAAGCUACUGGGGCCGACGGAGUCAUGUCUGCAGAGGCGAACCUCUAUAACCCCGCUUUAUUCGCUGGGCUUCCUCCCGACUCAUCUCUCGUAACCGGACCGCGAGACCAUACCGAUCUGGCAAUUGAAUAUCUCGAGAUUGUCAAAGAGCUCAAGACGGAUACCGCACCCAGCGCUGUCAAGGGACAUCUUUUCAAGCUUAUGAGGCCUGCGCUUGGGCGGGAGACCGAUUUGAGGGACCGUAUUGGGAGAGUCAACCCGAAAGGACCCUCGAAAUCGAAAGAUUACAAAAAGUCACGAGCAUGGGUCGAUGAAUACCUCGAAAUCGUCAAAGAGCUGAAAACCAGGAUGGAGAGGGACAAGGCGGCAGCGGCGGAUUCAGGGGACCUGACCAAGGAAGGCUUGCCCCUUCCUCAUUGGUCUGCCCAGCCUUAUGUUAGACCGCCUCCUGUACCUGCGUCCAACGGUAAACAAGAAAAGGGAAAGUCGAAGAAGGGUAGUCUUGCGGCAAAUCUUCCGCCUCCUGACGUAGGCUGCCCUGCGGAGGACGCGGAGAAGCUGGAAAAAGCAGAAGCCGAGGUGGCCGUCAAGAGUGCACUCGAAUCAGGUGUUAAACGAGCAGCGACGCCAACGGAAGUCGCAGCGCUGGAGGCUAAACGUCCCCGACUCGAAGACGAACCAUUGAAAGUUGCAGAGGAAGACGCGCUGGCUCUUUCUCAGUGA